CUGGCUCUUGCUCGCUCGUCUCUCUCGUCUCGCGUCCCACCCCAAACCCCAAUCCAAACCCUCGCUGUCCGCGGUCAUGGAUCUCCGCCGGCCGCCGCGCUCCUCGUCUGGCGGCGUGGAGCCCAAGAUCCGCCAGGUAGGAUUCUUCACCCCGGACGCAUCCGCCCCAUCCGAGCCCCUCCCCCCGGCCGCCGCUGUCCCGGCGCCGUCGGCGAAGCAGGGGGCUGCCGCGGGGUCGCCGCCGGCGUCGGACGACCUCUCCCCCGGCCGGCUCUCCCCUGUCAUGAUCCCUCCCCCGCGCCACGCCGACCUUCUGGCCCCCGGCUCGCCAUCUCCCGCUGCGGCGGACGCCGUCCUCGCCACCUCGGCGCCGGCGCGUUCGUCCGCGCGUCUCGACGUCGCGUCCGAGAUCGCCGCCGCCGACUCCUGGUCCCGGGCACCUUCUGCCGCGGAGCUAGAAGAAAACAAGCAUGGUUUGGCUGAAAUACGGAAUGUCGGUGCGCCAGCCUCCAUUCCACAGAAGCAGAAGACUUCAAAGGCAGAGAGGCGUGCUAUUCAGGAGGCUCAACGUGCUGCUAAAGCUGCUGCGAAGGAGGCAGGAAAGUCUGCCGGCGCUGCUUUUGUGGCUGGUCCUGUCACUUCCAAGCAAACCAAGUCAGCAAAAAAUGCUCAAAAGAAAGAUGUGCCCCAAGCUGCAAGUACAGUUGCUUCUGAGAAGAAAGUUACUGAACGCCUUCCAGAAAGAGAAAGAAAGUUAGAUGCCCCUCAUCCCCGAAUGCAGUUUGAUGAUGUGCAUAAGGUGGAGAAAGCAAAAAAACGUGCAGUAGUCAACCAAUCAGAAGCUCGAAACAGGGUUGAAUUGUUUAGGCAUCUGCCCCAGUAUGUGCAUGGCACUCAGCUUCCUGAUCUCGAGUCAAAAUUCUUUCAACUUGAACCAAUGCAUCCUUCUGUAUACAAGGUUGGGCUCCAAUAUUUGUCUGGUGAAGUAUCUGGUGGCAAUGAUCGUUGCAUAGCAAUGCUUCUUGCAUUCAGAGAGGCAAUAAAAGAUUACACUACACCUCCAAAUAAAACUCUCAGCAGAGAUCUUACUGCAAAAAUCAGUAGUUAUGUGUCAUUUCUGAUUGAGUGUAGGCCUCUUUCAAUUAGCAUGGGCAAUUCUAUUAGGUUUCUGAAGAACAGGAUUGCCAAGCUAUCACAUACAUUGUCAGAAUCUGAAGCCAAAGCUAGUCUUCAGUCUGAUAUUGAUCGUUUUAUCAAUGAGAAGAUAGUUCUUGCAGAUAAGGCUAUUGUCAGCCAUGCCAUCACAAAGGUCAGAGACAAUGAUGUCUUGUUGACAUAUGGAUCGUCAUUGGUUGUUGAAAUGAUUUUGGAUUAUGCUCAUGAGCUUGGGAGGAAAUUUCGUGUUAUAGUAGUAGAUUCUCGUCCAAAGCUUGAGGGGCAGGGAUUACUGCGAAGAUUAGUGGCAAAGGGCAUCAACUGCACAUAUACACACAUAAAUGCCAUCUCAUACAUCAUGCAUGAAGUUACCAGAGUCUUCUUGGGUGCCUCCUCAAUAUUGUCAAAUGGAACAGUUUAUUCUAGAGUUGGAACAGCAUCUGUGGCUAUGGUUGCACAUGCCUUUGGAGUUCCAGUUCUCGUUUGUUGUGAGGCAUACAAAUUUCAUGAGAGAGUGCAACUUGAUUCUAUAUGUGCUAAUGAGCUUGGUGACCCAGAUGUCAUUUUGAAAGUUCCUGGGAAGGCAGAGGACCAUCUUAAGAAUUGGGCAGACAAUGCAAAUCUCCAACUUCUAAAUCUUACGUACGAUGCAACACCUCAUGACUAUGUGUCGAUGAUCAUAACAGACUAUGGAAUGCUUCCACCCACCAGUGUACCAGUCAUUGUGAGAGAAUACCGCAAGGAGCAGUUGUGGAUAUAAAUUCACUGCAGUCUGCAGUAUGAUAGCAUUUUUGGUGGCCCUUAUUGCCUAAUGGCGACUUGUGAUAAUGUCUCACACUGUCAGCCUGAGAGGAUUUUUGUUUGCUCUUGUUGCCUUGUUUACCAUGAGAUGGUUCAUCCAGUUUUGCGAUCACCUGUUUAACUUGUAACUCCAUGAAGGCCGCACUCUGACACCCAUGGGAUGAUACUGGCCCUCUUACAUUGCUGAGUUGAUGAAUGCCAUCUUUGAGUAUUAUUUCCCAAAAUUUUCUUCAUGGUAGCAAACAUCCAUACGUUCGCCAAUUAUUUCAACGGAAAUGCCAACUCCAACCAUGGAGAACGCUGUAUUGUGCACUUUGACAUGGUCUCAGCUGCAUAAUGUUGGUUGCUA